AUGGUUGAUACUCGGCUUUUAAUUAAAGAUAAUGAUGAUAAUUAUCGACAAGCUAUACGUUCUCUAGGACUGAUAUUUUUAUCUGUUGUCUAUAAUGGAUGUGGUUUGAUCGUUUUUGCCUGGUUAGGUUAUAUAGAAUAUAUAUUUUUAUGUGUAGAAAUUUUUCUAAAUAUUGUCUUUAUUGUAAAACAUCCAUCACAUGAUACACGAACGAAAACUGCCUUUUCUAUUGGUCUAAUUAUUACAAUCAUAUCUACAUUUCAAGCUAUAUUAAUGGUUAUUACACUUAAACUUACAUUUAAAUUAUUUCAUUUAAUUAAAAUUUUUAAACGUGAUGUUCUUGAACAAAUCUAA